AUGUUUGCUGAUAUAUGGUGUGUGGAAUUUCUCAGGAGAAACAAAGAACUUGUUAAAGAAUCGAGUACUCCAGCUCCUGGUUCCAAAGAUCUUUAUUUUCCAUCACAGUACCCAACUUCCUUCUUCACCCAAUGCAUGGCCUGCUUAUGGAAACAACAUUGGUCUUACUGGCGCAAUUGUUCAUACACUGCCCAAUCAUUUAUUUACACAACUGCUGUUUCUGUUUUGUACGGAAGCAUGUUUUGGAACACUGGCUCCAAAAUGUAUGAUCAAACCAGAAACUUUGAAAUGCUUGAAAAGAAACAAGAUCUUUUCAAUGCCAUGGGCUCCAUGUAUGCUGUUGUUAUCCUUGUUGGCGUUAAGAAUUCUUUCUCUGUGCAGCCAGUGGUUGAUGUGGAAAGAACAGUCUUUUAUAGGGAAAGAGCAGCUGGAAUGUAUUCAGCUUUUCCAUAUGCUUUUGCCCAGGCAAGAAAUUCCACUUUUUCAAUACGUAGGAUCCCAAUAUGGUGGAGGUGGUGCAGUUGGGUAAAUCCAGUUGCUUGGUGUUUGUAUGGACUGGUGGCGUCACAAUACGGAGAUAUAAAGCAAAGCAUAGAAUCUGGUGACGGAAGAACAACAGUGGAUGGCUUUGUAAGAAGUUACUUUGGAUUCAAGCAUGAUUUUCUUAGAGUGGUUGCAGUUCUCACGGUUGCGCUCACACUACUCUUUGCAUUGCUCUUUGCCAUAUCAAUGACCAUGUUUAAUUUCCAGCGACGUUAA